AUGGGUAUUUUCCGUUUUGCCUCUCGGGUGAGUUUCGUGAAUUGGAGAGCUUCAGAGCGUUUUCCUAUAAAUCCGUUAUUAAAGAGUAGUUUAAGGAAAGAAAGUUCAAAUCCAGCAGCUUUUACCGAUUUUGAAGAAAAAAGUGAUUUUAAUAAUUUUAAUAUCUCUAAAGAGACUUGUGAAGUACUACGCAAAAACGGAAUUGAGCGCCUCUUUCCCAUUCAGUCCGCUUGCUAUGAUUAUAUUUACAAUUUUAAAGAUGUCAUUGCUAGAGCAAGGACGGGUACGGGGAAAACGCUUUCCUUUGCUUUACCAAUGGUCGAGAGACUUAAAUCUGAUGGCUUUAGAGCCGCCUCGACGCCUAUUGCCUUAAUCCUUUCACCUACCCGUGAACUCGCUCUCCAGAUUUCUAAAGAGUUUUCUAAAAUUGAUCCCAACCUUCGAAUUUCCUGCUUAUACGGAGGUGUUUCCUACACGAAUCAAUUAAACCAGCUAAAGCGAAGCCCUCAUUUUAUUGUUGCUACGCCUGGCAGACUCUGCGAUCUAAUGAAUAAAGAUUGUUUGAAUUUUAAAAACAUCAAAUAUUUUGUGCUAGACGAAGCGGAUCGCAUGCUAGAUAUCGGUUUUGAAAAAGAUCUUAAUCUAAUUAUUCAAACUGUCAAGGAAGUUAACCCUUCUGUGCAAAUCUCUCUUUUCUCUGCGACGAUCCCGUCUUGGGUCCGAAGUACCGUUGGCAGAUUCAUGGAUAAAGAUUACGCCCUUGUGGAUCUUGUCGGAGAUGCCGAUCCCCAGACUUCAGAGACGCUUGUCCAUAAGGCCCUCGUUUGCCAGCCGGAUCUCUACCCAUUAGCUAUUCAACGCCUUAUUAAGUUUUUAGGCGCUUCCAGGGUUAUCGUUUUUACUGAAACUAGAGUAGAAGCGAGCAAUUUAGCUAUGAAGUUGCCCAAUGCGGCGGCACUCCACGGCGAUGUCUCGCAGGCCACUCGUGAGACACGGCUUAGGCGAUUCAAAGAAGGGCAUCUCACGUGUUUGGUCGCUACCGACGUGGCAGCACGAGGCAUUGAUGUACCGGAUAUCGAUUUAGUCUUGCAGGUGGGUCCGCCUAGAGAUGACGAAACUUACGUGCACCGCUCAGGUCGGGCUGGUCGGGCUGGAAAAAAGGGGCUUUGCGUUACUUUGUUUGAAGAUGUUAACGACAUACGCAGGAUUGAAGAACAUAUCAAGCAAAAAAUAUCUAUUAUCGCCCUUCCGUGCUCAACUGCUGCUUUAGAGAGCACAGUCAACACUGUAAACAAAAAGCUGGGCGCGCUUAGCACGACUGCCUAUAAAAAUUUACUAGAGCACGCUUCAGAGCUUUUAAAAAAGUACGAGGCUCAGCAGGCAGUAGCUAUGCUGUAUGCUCUAAGUCUCCAAGCCAACCCUGAUGCCCGCUGUAUGUCCGCUCUGACUGGCAAGGAAGGCUGGCAAACGUGGCAGACGCCCGUAAAUCACGACGGUUGCUUUCAAGUUCUCAGGAAGCACGGCAUGUUCACAGAGCUCUACCGAACCACCAAAGGGGGCGUUGUGUUUGACUUGCCAGUAAGUCAAGAGGCGGACGUGAAGGCGGCCUUUGACGCUGAGCAGCAGGAAGUGGCGUUGGUGACGGGCGACUUACCGGAAGUACUUAAUUUCCCCACGAACUUGGUUCCUUCUAGAAAAAGAUUUGGACAGCAAAGAGAUGAGCGUUCUACUAAGAACUGGAGCUACCAAAGACCCCAAAGGCAGGAUAAUAGCACCCGCCAUAAUAAUAGACGUGGCUACGACUAUCGCCCUCGCUUCGGCGGAAGUAGCGCCAAAGAAAGAGAUUUUUUGGACGGAUGGUAGUAGCCGGUGGCGUGUUGCUCUGUUAACUUCUG